GUGUCAAAGUUUCAUAAAGAGACAAAACAACAAAACAAAAACACACAAUUGCUCGUCGAGCUAAAAAAAUUUUAUAUAUAACUUAAAAUAACUUUUAUAUAAACAUUUGUUGUGUUCAACGAACAAAAAGGAUCCCGAUAUCACACAACGUAUCUCUAAGCUUUGGAAAAGGAAUAAACUGCAAAUCAAGGAUCUUAUGAACUAUCUGUCACCUGUUUUAGAAUAGACUUCAGCAGUAGUGUACUGAUAGUCGUAAGAACCAGAUAGGGAAAUCCACAUUUUUAAUUUUACAAAAUUUUAAAUUUGUAUAAAGGACCCAAAAAAAGGAUAAAAUCCCAAAAUUAUAGUCUCAGCAAACCCAAGAAAAAAGGAUAGGCAUGAGCAGCAGGCGAUCUAGGCGGGAUUCCGUACACAUGGAUACUCCGUGCAAUCCAUUUGACACCCGGAACUCGGAGGUGAUUCCCAGACCCUAUGAAUUGAUGCGUCAACGGAACUGCAAGACGGACAAAUUCAUUCCAUUUGAGCGCUAUCCCACUAUUCGGCCACCUGUGUCCAGGUGCAGCUACGACAAGACCAGGAACUGGCUGUCGGAGUCGGUGGAUCAGGGAGGAUGUAUAAAUAUCAGUGCCAAAGCGCAGGACGCCCUUAAAAUCUGGAAAAAUAGUCCGCACAAGAGCACUCUGAAGUAUUAUGGGGUGGCUGAGCGGUCGAAUCUGCCGGAGGCUGUUAAAUUUAACCGGACCUUGACAAGUAGCUUAAAGCAUGCCAGUGGCUUGAGGAGACCAGUCCCUAAACCACGGCUUCCACCAGCACCGAAAAGACCGCCACAACCCGCUCCAUUGUGUCAGCCAUACAUCCUUAACCGACAGGCCCUGGAAGCCGAGCUCCAAAGAAUGCCCAUUGCGCGGCAGAAGCUGCAUCCAAAAGAGGCGUUUGGAACGCUUUUCUGUGAGAAGCACCAGGACCCCAUGGAUCCUCUGGGGGUGGAUGCGGCAACUUCUAAAAUGGUGAGUUUAAGAGAAGCUCUGGACAUGGCGCGUCCAGAGAAGCCUCCGAAGCACGGCCUGAGACGCAAUCACUGGUACUGCCCCGCGAAAUGUGGCGAACGGGAGAACAAGUGCACCGACUACGAGUGGGCCAAGUACAAGUUAGACUCCCGACCCUACGAUGAGGCCUUCCACAAGUGGUUCCUCGGCCAAAAAGCACCACCGGGGAACGAGCCCCACGACUACGAUGAGCUCUAUAAGCGAUUCCAAGCCUGCUUCGAGGUGAAACCCCAACCAGAUCCCGAUUGCAUGGCCGUGGCGAAGUGUUGUGCGAAUGUUUUAAAGGCAACCAAAGAGGAGGAAGGCGGUGGAGCAGGUGGCGGAGAAGGUGGUGCUGGAGGCGGUGCCGGAGAAAGUGGAGGUGCAGGAGGCGGUGGCGGAGGGGGCGGUGGAACUGCAGAAGGAGGUCCAGGUGGAGCUGGAGGAGGAGGUCCAGGUGGAGCUGGAGGAGGACGUCCAGGUGGACCCAGUCCUGGUCCUGGUCAAGGUCCUGGCACUGGUCCUACUCCAGAGGGCACAAAUCGGCCAGAAAAGGACAAAGCUAAAGGUGAUGGCGACAAAGACAAGGGCAAAGAUAAGACUAAGGAAACUGAAAAAGAUAAUGAUAAGGAAGGAGAUAAGAAAGACAAGAAGGACAAAAAAAAGGAUAAGAUUCAGGACCCAGAUAAAGGUGUAGACAAGGAUCCGGACAAAGACGGCAAGGAUAAAGACAAGAAGGACAAAGGCAAAGGCAAGGGGAAAGAUAAAGAUAAAGUUACCAACCCGGAAGAGGAGCCAGGACCGGGCAAAAAAAAGGAUGUGAAAGAUCCCGAUCUGGAAAAACCUAAGCCGAUGAAGCCACCGAAACCGCCCAAGGAGCCACUCGAAAGCAACACCGAUACGUCCACUCGGAAUUUUUCCUCCCAGGACACAAGGGAUUCGGAUAAAGUACCGACCAAACCAAUUGAAACACCAACCGAAAGGCCGCCGCCAACAGGGGAAACUGUGGAGAAGCCACCGGAGCCUCCAACUAAGAAACCGCCCGGCAAGAAGCCGCCGAAUAAAAAACCAGGCAAGCCCAAGCCCCCGAAGGUCAACAAGGGGGACAAGGACAAGAAGGAGGAGGCAGAAAGGGAGGAGUGUCCUACUUGUCCUCCGGCAGACUGUCCGUGCUCCAUUUGCGACUGUCUUUACGCCCAGCAGUUGCCCAUUUCGCCGGCGAUGAAAAAGGUAUUCGCCCAGGAGAAGAUUCGCAAGAUGAGGGAGUAUCUCCGGCAGAUGCGCCACCGGGAGUACAUGGAGUGCGCUGGCCAAAAGCCCACGGCUCCCCAGCACAGGGUGGAUCCCAUCAGCUGCGACGACUGCUUCUGCCAGGAUCCGAAGAUAGCCGAGUACUGCGAGUGCCUGGGCGCCCUGCAACAUCUGCAGCGCCUCCUGGGCAAGAAGCGCCAUCCGAUCGUCAACAACGAGCUGCUCUUCAACCUUGACGAUCUCCGCCAGAGAAUCGCCCAGCUAAUGUGCGAGUGUAUCUGAGAAGUCUUUUUCGACCGUUUUAUUGGCUUGUAUCCUUUGACACAUUUUAGUGUUUUCCAAAUUUUACAAUUGUACAAUAAAUGAUUAUUUUUACCGGAAA